GGCAAAAAAAAAAAAAAAAAAGGCCCCGCAGCUGGCUAGCUAGGAGUGAAGCCGAGCCACCACAGGUGAGAUGCGUCCCCGUGAAUCAGUCACUCAUCCCCACAUUGCUGGGAGAGAAAAAGGACUCACUUCUCUCCAUAGCCAUCAAGAUUGUGGCUGGUAGGUGGGUAAGCAGGCCGGUCUCCUUUCCGGUCUUCCUUGUAGGCCUCGGGGUUGGGACGUGGUGCUCCUGCAACUACUUAAGCCUCUUUGGCGGUGAUGUACGUAUCUUUUAAAGGGAGGGGGACGCUGGCCUUGGGUUCGCUUUUUCCUCUUCCGCUCCGCUGCCUUCAUUGCUGUGCAGAUAUCGCCGGGAACGAGGUUGCUGUCGACUCUCCGGGCCUCGGAGCCCCUCGCCUGCUUGCUACGAUGCAGAUAUGAUGGAAGAAUUGCAUAGCCUGGAUCCACGACGGCAGGAACUGUUAGAGGCCAGGUUUACUGGAGCAGGUGUUGCUAAGGGUCCUUUGAACAAUGAAUCUUCCAAUCAGAGUUUGUGCAGUGUGGGUUCCCUGAGUGACAAGGAACUGGAGACUCCUGAAAAAAAACAGAAUGAUCAGCGCAAUAGAAAAAGAAAAGGUGAACCAUUUGAAACCAGUCAAAACAAAAUUACUCCCAGGGGGCAUAAAAUUAGUGACUAUUUUGAGUUUGCUGGUGGAAGUGGUCCAGGAACAAGCCCUGGUAGAAGUGUGCCACCAGUAGCGCGAUCUUCACCACAACAUUCCUUAUCUAAUCCUUUACCCCGGCGAAUGGAGCAACCACUUUACGGAGUAGACAGCAGUGCAGCCAAGGAAGUGCCAGAGGAGCAUUCUGCUCUCCCAACUCUGGUAUCGACAAUGAUAGCAAAACAACGGCUAGAGGGCGAGCAGCUGGCGCAGAGGGGUACAAAUCUCUGUUUUCCAUUUGCUUCGACCCAGCAAGGUAGUCCCUCGUCUGCAGUUUCAGGAAACACAGAGCAUUCCUGCUGCUCUCAAAAACAGAUUUCCAUCCAAUACAAACACACACAGUCUGAUCUUACAAUGGAGAAAUUAUCUGCAUUAGAAAACAGUAAGAACUCUGAUCUGGAGAAAAAAGAAGGCAGAAUAGAUGAUUUAUUAAGGGCAAAUUGUGACUUAAGACGACAGAUAGAUGAACAUCAGAAAAUGCUUGAGAAAUACAAAGAACGGUUAAAUAGGUGUGUAACAAUGAGCAAGAAGCUACUUGUAGAAAAGUCGAAACAGGAAAAGAUGGCUUGCCGAGAUAAGAGUAUGCAGGAUCGGUUGCGAUUAGGUCAUUUUGCUACAGUCCGGCAUGGGGCAUCUUACACGGAGCAAUGGACAGAUGGCUAUGCUUUCCAAAAUUUAAUCAAGCAGCAAGAAAGGAUAAAUUCCCAAAGGGAAGAAAUAGAAAGGCAACGGAAAUUGUUAGCAAAACGAAAACCACCUGGUAUGGGCCAGGCUCCUCCAGCUACCAAUGAACAAAAGCAGCGCAAAAACAAAACCAAUGGAGCAGAAAACGAGACGUUAACGUUAGCAGAAUAUCAUGAACAAGAGGAAAUAUUCAAACUCCGACUAGGCCAUCUUAAAAAGGAAGAAGCUGAGAUUCAAGCAGAAUUAGAGCGAUUAGAACGGGUUAGAAAUCUGCAUAUCAGGGAAUUGAAAAGGAUACAUAAUGAAGAUAAUUCACAGUUUAAAGACCAUCCAACGCUAAAUGAUAGGUAUUUGUUGUUACAUCUCCUAGGCAGAGGAGGAUUUAGUGAAGUAUAUAAGGCAUUUGAUUUAACAGAACAGAGGUAUGUAGCAGUAAAAAUCCACCAAUUAAAUAAAAAUUGGAGGGAUGAAAAGAAAGAAAAUUAUCACAAGCAUGCAUGUAGAGAAUACAGAAUCCAUAAAGAGCUGGAUCAUCCUCGUAUAGUUAAAUUGUAUGACUAUUUCUCAUUGGACACUGACUCGUUUUGUACAGUAUUAGAAUACUGUGAGGGGAACGAUCUGGAUUUCUACCUGAAACAGCACAAAUUAAUGACAGAGAAAGAAGCCCGAUCUAUAAUCAUGCAGAUUGUAAAUGCAUUAAAAUAUUUAAAUGAAAUCAAGCCGCCAAUUAUUCAUUACGAUCUCAAACCAGGAAACAUCCUCUUGGUAAAUGGUACUGCAUGUGGUGAAAUUAAAAUCACUGACUUCGGCCUCUCAAAAAUCAUGGACGAUGACAGUUACAAUUCAGUUGAUGGCAUGGAGCUGACAUCACAAGGAGCUGGUACAUACUGGUAUCUACCCCCUGAAUGUUUUGUGGUUGGAAAAGAGCCUCCGAAGAUUUCAAAUAAGGUUGAUGUUUGGUCAGUAGGAGUUAUCUUCUACCAAUGUCUUUAUGGCAGAAAGCCCUUUGGUCAUAACCAAUCUCAGCAAGAUAUUCUGCAGGAAAACACAAUCCUUAAAGCUACAGAAGUGCAAUUUCCUCCUAAGCCAGUGGUAACACCAGAAGCAAAGGCAUUUAUUAGGCGCUGCCUGGCAUAUAGGAAGGAAGAUCGGAUAGAUGUCCAACAAUUGGCAUGUGACCCCUACUUGCUUCCUCACAUCCGCAAGUCUGUAUCAAUAAGCAGCCCAGCUGGAGCUGCUGUCGCCUCAACUUCUGGAUCUUCUAAUAACAGCUCUUCAAACUGAGCAGGAACAAUAGGCCAAAAAUAUAGAUAUAACUGGAACUGCAGAAGGAAACGGAGAGAGUCAGACAUGUUUUGAGAUGCAGCCUUGGGACUGGCAAGAAGUCUACAAAAUGGCUCCAAGAAACCAGGAUCAGGUUCUUUGUUUUUCUCUUGCAUUCUUGUCCCAUCCGUAGAGCAAGGCAUCAUUGAUUCUCAGCAAGGAUUAUGGCAACUUAAGUUAAGUAGCCAAGGAAAAGAAGAUUGGUUGGUCUAGUGCUAAGCAACUGCAAAAGCACUAACUGCUCUGGGCAGUGAAAGGAAAAAGGUGGUUCCAUAUACCGUGAACUUCCAAACACUACGGACCCAGAGUGCGGUUCCAUGAUGCAGAAUGCACACAUUUAGUGUGAAGAAAUGUGGAUUUGGUGGCAGGGUAAAGAGGCUGGAGACAGCCCGCCGUCAAUAUUUAAAAUAUUUUUUUUCUUUUUUGUAAGACUACAUCUCAUUGGAGGGAAGGGGAAUAAACCACAUAGGUCAAUGGUAUAAGGUAGCACUGAAGGUUUGGCAUAGGAUUUUUGUGCUCUCUACAAGAGAGUGCAGUGUCCUGCCUAUUGACAGCACCAGCAUUAGCAUGUUAUCCCAAAUAAUUUCAUCUUCAGUAACAAAUUUGUUUUCUGGAUACAAGAUGAAUUAAAUAACAAGUCAGUGUGGCAGCAAUUUUUCCUUAGAGUGACUUCAUAAUCUGUGAGAAAGGAACGCAAUGCAGAGAUUACAUAACAACUGUGAGCUUAGAUUUCUCUCCCUUCUCAGCAUCCUAAGAAAGUUACUGUUUUGUCAGGAAUUCGACAGUUGUCUGCUCUCCCCUUUGAAUAAAUGUUGAAUUUCUCUUUAUUUUUUUCUUUCUCCACUAGUUCUUUGAUCCGUUCAUUGGUGUUUCCUUUAGAAAACCGUAUUCUCUUUAACAUGCACACAAAUGGUGGCUCUAGCAAAUCCUUUAGCCAAAGUUUUAUCCUUCCUAAUUUUUCAUAUUUGCUUUCUGUAUUGUUGUGGAUGCAUUUGCUGCAUUUACACCUUGAAGGAAGUGUAUGUAAAAGAGGCAGACUUUUCUAAUCUUCUGUCUUGUGUUUAAUUUUCUUCUUUCUUAGGAAGUGUUUUUUUUAAUAUUCUUUAACUUUUUCAUCUUCUAAAAAAAAUCUUAAAAACCAAAGAAGAAUCCAGUUGCUUGAAACCUGUGGCAAAAUGCUACUUCUACAAAUAGUUGAAAGGAUGUUUGCCCCAAAUUAUUUGAGCUGUACUGUAUGAUCAAGUACCCUGGCACAGACCUCAGUUCUUCACUUACAGCUGAUGAUUCUCAGUCCUCCCUUAACUUCUUAUAGGUAAUAUUACAAGCUGAAGCAGUCAGAGACCAAACAUUUUGAAAGUCAAGAAAAUUAGGAGGAGAGAGCAAAAUAGGACAUAAGGGCUUUUUAUGUAAACUAAUAUGAGGAUAUCCUCUGGCUAUAUUUGCAGAUUAGGUGAUUGAGCAUUGAUUAUUAGGUCUAUUUGGACUCCCCACCCUUGCUUCUGAAGCAUCGCAGUGCAUGCAGCAUUUGGUCAGAAGAUGAUCCUCAUAUUUAAAUGGAAUUAAAUGAGCCUGUACAAAGAAAACACAAUAUGUCACUCUCACAACUAAAGAUACCAUAUGAAUGCUCAUAGUGGUCAUCUUUAAAAUACUCUCCCCCAAAUAGAGGCUAUGACUACCUUCAGAAUGGGAGGUUCUCAUCAGUAUGGACCGUGUCUUCCUCCUUUUUUCUUUUACUCUCAAUCAUAGUUCUUGCUUCUUUUCCUAGAGAAACAACUGAUACUUAAGUAUCUUUUACAGGAGACAAAAUGUAAGCAGUCUCCAGGAUUAUCUAGAUUGCUGGUGAAUUACAUCCAUUGCACCUAUUUCUCCCAAUAAAGUUGUUAAUUACCUUUGACACAUAUGAAAAUAAUAGGGUUUUUUUGUUUUGUUUUUUCCCUUCUCCCUUGUUUUUUCCCUUGCUUUCUUUUCUUAAAAGAAGUCAACUCAUGUGUCUGUUUUUUUCAGGGUUCAUAUUUGCCAUGGUUACUCAUAGCUCUUUCACCAAAAUGCAGUUCACAUUAAAUGUCAAAAUACAUAGGCAGAAAUCACUGCUGCCAUGACAAGAUAAGGCUGCUUUCAGCUUGUUUGGACAGUAAUGGUUGUCUCAUUAUCCCAUCUAUUUUGGGAUAGGGUUUGCUUUAUUUUUCCAUAGCUGAAUCCAAAAUAUGAAAGAUUGUCCAUGUCAGUGCUCAGGUCUAACAUUGUAGUCUUUUGCUUUUCAGUUUUCUUACUUGGAAAUAGAUAGAAAUCUGCAUUUCAUACUUUAUCAUUUAAUUGAUUUUUGAUCAUUAGCAGGAAUCCUAUCCCAAAUAAAACUUACAGUACUUAAUUUUGCUUUAAAAGGAAUCUCAAUCAUAAUUUUUUAAAAUCCCAAUAUGACCCUCCCUCCCUGUCAGUUCACCCAUUAAAUAAUAACUGUCUGAUAUUGAUCUUCAUUAAUUGUACCUGAGCAGAAGCUUCUACUCUUCAUGGAGUUCGUCACUAAACCUGGCUAAAUCAGUCUGGAUGAGAAAUACAGACUAUGAGUUUUUCAUUUCUUUAAGCGGUUGCUGAACUGUUUUAUUUCAGUAUCCAAGCCUUUUUGUUGCCGCACAGUUCAUUUAACUGAAAGGGAAAAGGAAAGAUAUAUGGAUUUGUGACUUGAAACUAGGCCAGACUGUUUUGGCUUUGCCCUACAGACAAAAAUAUGAAUAUUAAACACAUUUUCAAAAAUGCAA